AUGUCCGACCUUUUCAAAUCCUCGUCGUCGCCUGCUGACAUGGCCUCGCGAAAAGAGGCUCUCAUGGACUCCGUGCGAAGUGAGGUGGCCCUCGCCAAUGCUCAAGAAUUGAUCAACAAAACUAAUGAGAAAUGCUACCUCAAAUGUGUCCCUAAGCCGGGCACUUCCUUGUCAAGUUCGGAGCAGACAUGUCUGUCAAGGUGCUUGGAUAGAUAUAUGGAAGCAUUCAAUAUCUGCAGCCGCGCAUACAUUGGACGUAUUAACAAGGAGCGCAGCGGGUCUCAGUUCCAGUGA